CAGCUGUUCACUAUUGAGAGAGACCUGCACGCGAGAGCUGCUGUAUGACGAUACGACCAAAUCUAUUUGUGCACCGCAGUCACAACAAACAUAGAAGAAAUAGUUUUCUAUGUAACUCAGCAACAAUAUACCAAACUAUACUUGUAGGCUAAUUUCUUACGUUAAAAGCAUCUGGAUUAAAUUACUCUUCAUUUGUUUAUUUUGUGGUUUAUCCACGCGACAUCGGACGCUGUUACCGGAGCGCGCAGCGCCGCCAGUAUUGUGACUGUCCCUGUCGCGUUGUGGCAUGUUCGAGGGCCAAGGCAGACGGAACUGAAGUCUUCAUUGCUCCUGAGCAGGAUUCAAUGAAAAUGUCUGUCUGUGUCCACGAGAACCGCAAGUCUCGUGCCAGCACGGGCUCUAUGAACAUCUACCUGUUCCACAAGUCCUCGUACGCAGACAGCGUGCUAAUGCACCUGAAUGCUCUUCGUCAGCAGAGACUCUUCACGGAUGUUCUGCUCCACGCUGGAAACCGUUCUUUCCCAUGCCACAGGGCUGUGCUGGCCGCCUGCAGCCGCUACUUUGAAGCAAUGUUUAGCGGAGGGCUGAGAGAAAGUCAGGACAGUGAAGUGGACUUCAGGGACUCCAUUCAUCCAGAGGUAUUGGAGCUCCUACUGGACUACGCCUACUCGUCAAGAGUAAUAAUAAACGAGGAGAAUGCAGAAUCUCUCCUUGAGGCCGGUGACAUGCUGGAGUUUCAGGACAUUCGUGAUGCCUGUGCCGAGUUCCUGGAGAAGAACCUCCAUCCAUCCAAUUGCCUGGGCAUGCUGCUGCUUUCGGAUGCUCACCAGUGCACCCAGCUGUUUCAGCUGUCCUGGAGCAUGUGUCUCAGUAACUUCCCGGCUAUCUGCAAGACUGAGGAGUUUCUCCAGCUGCCCAAGGACAUGCUGGUCCAACUGCUGGCACACGAAGAGCUCGAAACUGAGGACGAGCGUCUGGUCUACGAGUCAGCUCUCAACUGGGUGAACUACGACCUUGAGAGCAGGCACUGUCAUCUUCCGGAGCUGCUCCGUACCGUGCGUCUGGCUCUCCUGCCUGCCAUCUUCCUUAUGGAGAACGUCUCUACGGAGGAGCUCAUCAUCGCACAGGCUAAAAGCAAAGAGCUGGUAGACGAGGCCAUCCGCUGCAAACUGCGCAUCUUGCAAAACGACGGCGUCGUCAACAGUCCUUGCGCCCGGCCCCGCAAGACCAGUCAUGCCCUUUUCUUGCUGGGCGGCCCCACGUUUAUGUGCGACAAGCUCUACCUGGUGGACCAGAAGGCCAAAGAGAUCAUUCCAAAGGCGGACAUCCCCAGCCCACGAAAGGAGUUCAGCGCCUGUGCCAUUGGCUGCAAAGUGUACGUGACAGGUGGCCGGGGCUCUGAGAACGGUGUGUCUAAGGACGUUUGGGUCUACGAUACAUUACAGGAGGAAUGGUCUAAAGCGGCUCCAAUGCUGAUAGCACGUUUCGGUCACGGUUCCGCUGAGUUACGCCACUGCCUGUAUGUUGUCGGAGGUCACACAGCUGCCACUGGCUGUCUGCCUGCAUCACCAUCUGUGUCCUUGAAGCAGGUAGAGCAGUUUGACCCAGUUGCUAAUAAGUGGAGCAUGGUGGCACCACUGCGAGAAGGAGUUAGUAAUGCAGCUGUGGUCAGCGUAAAGCUUAAGUUGUUCGCCUUCGGAGGGACGAGUGUGGCCCAUGACAAGCUGCCCAAAGUUCAGUGCUACGAUCCCUCAGAAAAUCGCUGGACAGUCCCGGCAUCCUGCCCGCAGCCGUGGCGCUACACUGCAGCUGCUGUUCUCGGCAACCAGAUCUUUGUAAUGGGGGGCGACACAGAAUUCUCUGCUUGCUCUGCCUACAAAUUCAGCAGUGAGACUUAUCAGUGGACUAAAGUUGGAGAUGUUACAGCGAAACGAAUGAGCUGCCAGGCGGUGGCAUCUGGAAACAAACUUUAUGUGGUGGGUGGCUACUUUGGUACACAGCGCUGUAAAACCCUGGACUGCUAUGACCCUACGCUCGAUGCCUGGAACAGCAUCACUACCGUACCUUAUUCCUUAAUCCCCACUGCCUUCGUCAGCACCUGGAAACACCUCCCAGCCUAAAGCACUCCUGUACUUCCUUCUGUGACCCUACUGUUCCUAUGAGAGUUCCUUGUGUCCACUUGUCGUUAUUGUCUACUGGAUUCCAACUGUGAAGAAACGCUAUAACCCUCCUGUGCAAUUUUACAAAAAGACUUUCUCCCAUAAGAGCUAAGUAUUGUGCACGAAGUCCAGUCACAAAGCUUUUUUCUGCUGCAAGUUUGCUCAAAUCUUUUAACUUCCUGCUUGGAAGUUUCAAGAACGUUGUGAUGUCGUAUCCAACAUUUUGUGAAGUAUCAGAACGUGGGCUUCACAGUGAAAACCAAAAGAACUGCAAUGCAUCCUGAAAGCCCAGUCUGCUUCCAUCAUAACCAGCAUAAUCAUCACUUUCGUCCCCCCACGUUUGUGUACUCUGACCGUUUUUUUUUUUGUUUUGUUUUUUACAAUGCUGAUGCCAUGCAAGCUAAAAUAGACCUGUAUGCCUGUCUUAAUUUCUUUACUGCAUGAAGGAUGAGUGGAAGCUUUUGAUUGGGAAGAUCAACAGGAGUCUCAACGCAUGAUUGGAGAUCCAGGAAAAGUACCUCACAUCCUGAUAUGUAUAUACCUUUUCUUCUCCCAUGGUGAUGUUAAAAAAUAGACCUUGCUCAAAAGGAGAGGGACUGAGGCGGGCUUGUAAUGGACUGAUAAACGUAAUAUUUUGCUGGUUUAAAGAAUAAAAAGGACAGAAGGAAACAUGAGAGCCUUUUUUACGUAUUUGUCCUUCACACAUCUGUACAAGGAGGACAGACUGAUGCUGAACUGUUCCUGUUGAACAAACCUUAGCAGCUUGGUGUGAAAAUAGACAUGGGCACAGUGUGUCCCAAGGUACACGCGUCAGCUGUGCGUAUGUGACUGAGCACGGAAAAGGCAUGUCCCAGCAUGUUAGUCUGAACGACAGUCCAUCUGACCCCACUCAACACCCGAUCAUACCCCCACCCCCUCCAAAAUAAACACCCGACAAACAGCGUGAGCAUGCCCUCUGAGAAACCGACAACAAACACUAUCCUUCCAGCUUCUGAUCACUGACCGACUCGAAUUUCAAGAUUCUCCUGCACAAAACUCGAAUUGUGCGAGACACUUCUGCUUCACUGUUUUUGCCUGUACUAUUCUAAGCACAUACAGUCACGGUAAACGUGAACGACAGAAGGAGAGAGAGAAGAUGUGAGAGCCAUUUCGUCACCCUGUGAGGGAAUGCAGUCUCUAUGGCAACAACAACUAAACUGUUAAAAAAAAGGACCAUAACGAGAAAAGUGCAAGAAACUGGCUGUCUGGCUUAAAAAUAUUUCAGUGUCUAUUA